ACUUGGUUUGAUCUUAAGUCUUAACUCUUCUUAACUGACGAUUAAGGAAUUAUUAAUAAAUAUUUUGAUAAAUGUUUGAAAGACGCGUAAAAUGACCGUGAAGAAUGUACCAAAAAAAAAAAAAAAACUGAUACGUAGCAAACAGAAUUGACCGGGACGAAUGCGUUUGGAGAGAAGAGGAAGGAAUAGGAAUGUUUGUGUGUUGUGGUGUAUGCGUGAUCUCGUCCUCUCCCUCUUCCCGCGUAAAAGCAUGACGACGUCGUUGUUGAACGGCGAGAGAGCGGUGGUGGUGUUCUUCAUCUGUAGAAUCCUCUACUCCCUCCCUCUCUCUCUCCUCCUCCAUGGCGUUGCUCUCUCUCUCCUCGCCCUCGCCUCCUUCUUCCUUGAGAUCUCCUUCGACUCUUCCAAUUCCCCUCCUCUUUUCCGCACCAGGCCGGGUGCUUCUUCGGGGAUUCUUCUCGGCGCCGUCACUCUCCCUUCCCUUCUUCUCUCCAAAUUGGUGCAAUUGUCGCGGGGAUUCUCACUCGCUCAGCUUCAGCUUCAAGAGAUUCAAUAUCUGACAUUGCAAUACUGGGCCACAUCUGCCAGCGCCUGCAGCGUCAUUUUGUUCCUCGCCUUGGCUCGACGCCGUGCUCCUUCAUCCCCUUCUCAUUGGGGUGUAGUGUUUAGCUUAUGCUCCGUUUUCUUUCAAGCUCUCGUUUGUGUUGCUGCCCUUGCUACCACUUCUCAAAUUGGGCUGCACCCAGCACUGAAGCUGACUUGGGUCUUUUGUCAUGGAUUGGUGUCUGUGAUGCUAAUUCAGCAUUUUCUCAGAACUUUUCCCUCUUGUGCUUCUAUAGGGGAAGCAUUUUUGGUGACUUCCGGCAUUGUUCUCUAUUUUGGCGACAUGUUGUUGCUUACUAUUAAAAAGCUACAUGGACUAUUGGUCUCAUCAGAUUUAGUUACUGCAGAACAUGAAAUAAGUAGAAGUGAGAUAAGCAUCAUAAUUCAGGGGCUUGUGCUUGGUCUUCUGCUAUAUCCAAUAGCUUUGAAAUACAUUCUCCAAAUAUGGGAGUGGUCUAUAAAUACAGCUUCCACUGAAGCAAGAAGAUACUGUGAGAUUGGGAGAACUCUAAUGUUUAUUGCUUCCCUUGGAUUUGUCCUGAUUGUGAUUGUACCAUCUUGGAUGCAGUUCGUGCAGGAGUUUCACAUGCAUCCUUUUCUCUGGGUGCUCUCUUUUGUUUUCUCAGAGCCAUCCAAAAGGCUGACUUUAUGUAUCUACUGGGUGUCUAUAAUUUGUGUUUCGGUUUUUCGAUUCUAUAACAUCUCCAAGAACAGUAAGAUGGAGAGAAUUCUUUUGCGGAAGUACUACCAUCUGAUGGCUGUCUCGAUGUUUUUGCCUGCCCUUAUCUUCCAGCCAAAAUUUCUUGAUCUAGCUUUUGGUGCGGCUAUGGCAAUUUUCCUGACAUUAGAAAUUAUUCGAAUAUGGAGAAUCUGGCCUUUGGGGCAACCAGUAAAUCAAUUUAUGAAUGCAUUCACUGAUCACCGUGAUUCCGAUCUUCUAAUUGUCAGCCAUUUCUCACUCUUACUGGGAUGUGCACUUCCUAUUUGGAUGUCUACUGGGUACAAUGAUCGACCUCUUGCUCCUUUUGCGGGAAUAUUGAGUCUAGGAAUUGGUGAUACAAUGGCAUCAAUGGUUGGGCACAAGUAUGGCGUUUUGAGGUGGAGUAAAACUGGCAAGAAAACGGUUGAAGGUACUGCAGCUGGUAUAACUUCUGUACUAGCUGCUUGCUCUUUACUCCUUCCACUCUUAGCAUCGACCGGAUACAUUCUCACUCAGCAUUGGUUCUCUCUUCUUCUAGCUGUGACUGUAAGUGGUUUGUUGGAGGCCUACACAGCACAACUCGACAAUGCAUUUAUACCACUUUUUUUCUAUAGUCUUCUCUGUUUGUAGGCACAGCUUAGUUACCUUGGAUGAGUAACGACGGGGUUCUGCAAAUAUAUGUCGUGUCUGAGCACAUUGCUUUUUCAGAGGUCGGAUAACUAUUAACCAAUGCAAUUGUACUUGACAGUUUAGGGUUGUGGACUUGUGGUAUACAUAGUUAGGAUUGUAUCUCUCUACAGAUAUGAUAGGUAUACGAAUGUUCAUAUUAAAGGGGGUUGUACCCAACACACAACAUAAUGUAUGCAGUAGUGACAGUUUCCCAUUUUUGAUGAAAGCCAUUUGUGAGGCCAUGACGAGAGGAGAGUUAUUGGAGAUCUAGUGGAAAAUGGUCAGAAAAAUUGUUAAUAUCUCUGAUUUUCAUACGUAUAUACUGUUUUGUUUGUUUCUCAUAAAGAGUCGAUUCCUUGUAUAACAGAACACCUGUUCUAGUUUAAAAUUUAAUUGAGAUUAAUCUAGACAUAUAUGAAU